ACCAGAAAGGGCUUUCCUCCAAAGCCUCCUCUCCUAGCUCUGUGGCUCAGAGGAAGAAUGGCCAACAUCCUGAAGAAAACAUCCCUCCAAAAGCCAAGCCAGAGCCAAGUCUCUCGUACCAGGGAGCCUUUCCUGAAGAUGAUCCAUGCCAAAGAAUCCUCCCCAACCUAUCAGACUUGGACUCAGCGCGAGUUCCUCCUCCCCAAAGAGACCAGGGAGUUCCCGGGCUUCACCCUGCAAGACUACCACAAGCUGGCCCUGAAGCAGCCACCAUGCACAGAGAUAAAGUCCAAGGUGCAUCACCGGAUGCUCUAUCCUUGCAAGGAUGCAGCGGAGCACACCUGGGGCUUUCACACAUGGCUUGAUGUGGGACGUUUGCCUGCUACCUUUCCCACCAGACCAGACAUACCCUAUGACAGCAACGUCUGGCGCCAUUUGACUCACUCCAAUGCCCACCGUCUCCCUGCUGCGCAGCCUGGCAUCCCUCCGCCCUCCUGGAUGGGCCCACACAGCUUCCUGUCCUUCAUCAGUGCUAGCCCCAUCGUCGUGGACUUGAAAAGAAGGAAGCAGAUAAUUGUAAGAACAGUGAAGGAGCUGAAGGAAGUGGAGAAACUCAAGCUGAGGAGCGAACUAAGGGCCCCUCCCCUCGAUGCCAAUGGCAAUAUCCUACCUCCGCCAAACUUCAAGAAGAAUAGUUUCUUGCCUACCAUGCAAGAGGCUCGAAGCAGCAACCAGGGUUAUCUGCUGAGCACAAAGCCCAUUGAAGCACAGAAAAUCUGCUACUAUUCAACAGGGUUGUUGUUUUGUUUUUAAGUCAAUUUGCUACUGUUCAAUUUAAUACUACAAGCCAGCAAAGAAGAGGAAGCCAUCUCCUACACUACGCUGAGUUCGGCGGUCUUCCUGUAUACACUGCAUUAGUAGAAUAGGGGAGAUGUGAUGAACAGCUGGAAUCUAGACAGAACCCUGAAAUAGUCAGGCAGGGUGGUAGAAACCUGUGAUCUCAACACUCUGAAGGUGGGGCAAGAAGAUGUCAAAAUGGAGACCAGCAUGGACCACGUACUGAGAUGGAAAGAAGGAUGAAGAAAGCCAAGAACAGAUAACUGGGUUAGAGUGUAGCCCAGUGAUGGAGUGCUGACCACGCACACACAGGCUGGGUCCUGGGUUCGAUCCCUAGCACUACAUAGAGAUAUAAAAAGAAGCUAGGAGAGGGGCUGGAGAGAUGGCUCAGCAGUUAAGGGCACUGGAGUACAAUGCCCAGCACCCACAUGGCAGCUCACAGUCAUCUGAAAGUCUUGUCUGAGGGGAUCUCACUCCCUCUAAUGACUCCCACUGAUAACCAUGCUAACAAGUAGUUACACGCCGGCAAGACGUUCACACACCUAAAAUAGCAAAAUUAAUAUAAUAAAAUAUGUAA